UUACAGCUAACUGUCACAGUGACAUGGUUGAUUUCUUGGAUGUCAGGUUAUUCCGUACCCCUAAAGGUGUGGGGACUACACUUUUUCGUAAGCAUACAGACCGUAACACGGUGCUACACGCUCAGAGUUUUCAUCCGCCUGCAGUGCUGAAAUCAAUCCCGUACACCCAGUUCCUAAGAGUUUUUAGGGUUAACACAAAUGGGGCCACAGCUAAAACACAAGCCUUGGAAAUGAGAGAUAGAUUCCUUACAAGGGGAUAUGAAUGGGACUUCCUUAAUGGAGAACUCGAGAGAGCAUGCAAAAAUGCUGGAGCUGGACAAGUGGGUGAGGUGACUAAUGUGAAAAGGGAUGACAAAAUGGUUUUUGUGACUAAUUUUAUGCCUGUGAGCAAACAGGUGAAUUCAGUGAUGAGAAAACAUUGGCCAAUAUUGCAAUUGGAUACAAAUCUACCAUUUACGGAUAUGUCUCCUCCUAUAUGUGCUUACAGGCGGGGACGAUCUCUGAAAAACAUAUUAAUGGAGACGGAUCUGCGGAAGGAGAAAAGUGAAACCUGGCUUAAGGCGGGUAAACUUGGGUGCUACCGCUGUGGUGGGUGUAAAACCUGUGGGUGCCUACUGACAGGGGGGACCUUCCCUCACCCCCACACCGAUGAUAUAUCUGUUGGAGGCACGGUUGGUUGCACGGUUUUCAUCUGGGGGAGGAAGAAAUCACGUUUGGCACCGAGGUUAACUGAAGGGUUAAGUGCAGGAACUGGGAACAACCUCUCUCUGGACGGCUCCUGUCAAAGAUGGAGCACAUGCGCACUGAACAUGUUGUUACUGCAACGAUAUUGCUGCACGAUCCAUUCUUCCCACCAGCUCCUACAUGACUGAGCUUCUAUUUCUGCUGUUGAGUGCAAUGCUAUUCUCAUACCACUAGGUGGUGCACAUAAGUAUUUAUAAACAAUUUCUUCGCCAAUUUGGACCUACUUUUUACCAGAAUGCUGAAACCUGUUCAGUCUACAUGUAACCUGCUUUUGUGGAAGGGCAAGGGGAUGUCAUGAUGUCAUGUCAUGAUUGCAUUUCACUAUAUUUAAUGUAUUUGGGGAGUCAAUACUGUAUAACGUGUAGGAGGUGCAGGCCCGGACUGAGAAUUAAAAUAGGCCCUGGCAUUUCAGGUACAUAGAGGCCCAAACAGCCCCCACCAGCCCACUAAAUACUGACUUUCUAUAGGACCUUAUAGCAGCCCCUCUGGCAUUUGCCAGAACCCACAGAUUGCCAGUCCGGGCCUGAGGAGGUGGUGUGGAUAGUGUUCUUGGAACCGACAGUACCAUUAUUAACAAUUGCAUAUAAAUAGCCUUUAAAGAAAAGCAAUGUCAAAAUUGAUUAAUAUUCAUUUUUUUGUCUGCAAUAAUCUUUAUCCUGGAACCAGAGGUUUGAACCCGUCACAAAACACAGAAUUUUAGUUUCUUGGUUCUAUACAAUAGCAGUGCAGAUAGGACAAACUUGCUUAAAAUGUGGUAAUUUGUUUGGUAUAACUACCUGUCCUUUUCCUUAGAGAAAAUGUGAUGGCAUAUAGGUCCUUCAUUUAAGAGAGACUGAAGCUUAUCAGAGCCAAAGUCUCAAGAAAUAAAUAAAAUGGGCAUUAAAAUAUAAAAAAAAAAA